GGAGGCUCCACGUGAGCGCCUGCGUUUCUUCUCCAAGCCAACGAUGCCACCCGAACGGAGGAGCCGAACGAAACCGGAGCGGAGAACCGGAUCGAGGCCGAACCGGAAGAUCCCAAUGAAGCCGGACAGGAAAGCCGGAGCGGGGCCGGGCGGGCCGCCCCGAAAGGCUGCUUAUUCAUCCCAGCGGAAACCGCCGGCCGGGCCGAGAGCAGCGGCCGCUGCGAUCACGAUCGCGGCGGCGGAGGAGAGCCGGCUCCGGGAGCUGCACCGCCUGACGCUGGAGGAGGACAAGCCGGCCGUGGAGCGGUGCCUGGAGGAGCUGGUUUUCGGCGACGCCGCGGACAACGAGGACGCGCUGCUGCGGCGUUUGCGAGGCCCGCGGGUUCAAGUACAGGAAGACUCAGGAGACUCAGAGGUGGAGAAUGAAGCAAAAGAUAAUUUUCCACCUCAGAAGAAGCCAGUUUGGGUGGAUGAAGAAGAUGAAGAUGAGGAAAUGGUUGACAUGAUGAACAAUCGUUUUCGGAAAGAUAUGAUGAAAAAUGCCAGUGAAAAUAAACUUUCAAAGAAUGAGCUUCAAAAGAGACUUAAGGAAGAAUUUCAGCAUGCCAUGGGGGGAGUACCUGCCUGGGUAGAGACUAAUAAGCGGAAAGCAUCUUCAGAUGAUGAAAGUGAAGAGGAUGAAGAUGAUUUAUUGCAAAGGACUGGGAAUUUCAUAUCCACAUCGACUUCUCUUCCUAAAGGAAUCUUAAAGAUGAAGAACUGCCUACAUGCCAAUGCUGAACGUCCUACGACUGCUCGGAUCUCGUCUGUGCAGUUCCAUCCUGGUGCUCAGGUGGUGAUGGUUGCUGCCCUAGAUAACUCUGUAUCACUGUUUCAGGUUGAUGGGAAAACAAAUCCUAAAAUUCAGAGCAUCUAUUUGGAAAAGUUUCCAAUCUUUAAGGCUUGUUUUAGUGCUAAUGGAGAAGAGGUUUUAGCCACAAGUACCCACAGCAAGGUGCUUUAUGUCUAUGAUAUGCUGGCCGGAAAGUUAAUUCCAGUACAUCAAGUGAGAGGUUUGAAAGAGAAGAUAGUAAGGAGCUUCGAAGUCUCCUCAGAUGGGUCCUUCUUGCUCAUAAAUGGCGUUGCUGGAUAUUUUCAUUUGCUGUCAAUGAAGACUAAAGAAUUGAUUAGUAGCAUGAAAGUAAAUGGAAGGAUUGCAGCAUCCACGUUCUCUUCAGAUAGUAAGAAAGUGUACGCCUCUUCGGCGGAUGGGGAAGUUUACGUUUGGGAUGUGAACUCUAGGAAGUGCCUGAACAGGUUUGUUGAUGAAGGCAGUUUAUAUGGAUUGAGCAUUGCAGCAUCUAGGAAUGGACAGUAUGUGGCUUGUGGUUCUAACUGUGGAGUGGUAAACAUAUACAGUCAAGAUUCUUGUCUCCAAGAAACAAACCCAAAGCCGAUAAAAGCUAUAAUGAACUUGGUUACCGGUGUUUCUUCUUUGACCUUCAAUCCUACCACAGAAAUCUUGGCAAUUGCUUCAGAAAAAAUGAAAGAAGCAGUCAGAUUGGUUCACCUUCCUUCCUGUACAGUAUUUUCAAACUUCCCAGUCUCUAAGCAGAAGAAUCUUUCUCUUGUGCAUACCAUGGAUUUUUCUCCAAGAAGUGGAUAUUUUGCUUUGGGGAAUGAAAAGGGCAGGGCCUUACUGUAUAGGUUGCACCAUUACUCAGACUUCUAAAGAGAUCAUUUGAAAUUCAGUCGAGUCACAAGAGAAGCCCAUCCUGGUAGAUCUGAGAAGCUUUCCAGAAUGUGUGAUAAUGUACGGAUCAUGAUUUUUUGAGCCAACUGUACAUAUUUAAGUUAAUAGAAAUGUAUAAUAAAUACUUGGCAACUUU